AUGGAGUUCAGGAGUAUGACACAAAAACAGUAUGUGAAUUGAAUGUUUUGGCUUGGAUUUUUGCUAGCCAUGGCUUAUGUGGUGUUCACUAUGCUGGAAUCGUCAAUGAGCUGUAUUGAUGCUGAUGGGUGCCUUAAAACUUGGUGUGAAAUGGACUGGCUUGAAUCAGAAGUGCAAGACAAGAUAAGACAAAAUGAUUGCAUACUUCUAAAUAAAUAA